AUGACGGCCAACGAGCUACAAAGGCAUCAGACGCUACAUUAUCCAUCCGGCCAAGUGCCUGCAGUGGUCCAACUCGGACUGCUCAGAGAACAGGACUUUGGAUCUUUAGAGCUCGUGCCGUGGUCGUCGAGGAGGACGCAAGAUUCCUUGAACCCCAGCGUGCCUGGUCCCACAGAUCCAUCAUUUCGACCACAAGAAACAGCGGUGGCUAUGUCGGACAGGGCUGAAGCGUUUCUGGCUGAUUUCAUUCUUCCUCUCUUCGCCGCCGCGGAUGAUACUUCAAGUCCUACCCAGGAAUGUGUGGCCGUGGUGUCUCACGGACUUUUUCUGUCUGUAUUGUGGCAGACCCUUCUGCGCAAAUUCAAUGCUGGUCGCGUGGUGCUUGGCCCAAAUAUUGAGGUUCCAAGCUACAGUCGACCUCUGGAGUAUUUACCGUCAUGGACUAACACCGGAUUUCUAGAGCUUACCAUCGAGAAUCCAAUAGACGACGUUGCUGCGGUCACCUCCAAGCCUGCCAUAGAGGAUCAGGUCUUAUCACCCUUCAGCGGCUUCUCGAUGACGAUUCAUAGUGUCAACAGCAAAGACCACUUAAUCGAUCUCAAGCGUGCACGUGGAGGAUUGGGUUCCCUUGCUUAUGAUGCUAAGCAGCAGAGCCUUGAUGGCUUUUUCCGACGACCGAAGUAA